AAAUGAAUUAUUAUUAUAAAUAAAUAAAUGGUAGUAUCUGUAUAUGAUUGUUUUCGUAGGGAAGAAGAAAAUUGUGACGAAGAAGAAACGAAUCCAGAAAUUGAGAAACUAAACCUAUUGCCUCGCUGGAAAACAAACUAACUAACUCUAUAAUAAUUCAUUCCAUUUUCACUCCAAAUUCCGUUUCUAAUUUUUCUUUUCUCUCCUUUUUCCUUCCACUUUCUUUCUCUCAUCUUCGUUCCACACAACAAUGUCUUACGCAUAUCUUUUCAAAUACAUCAUCAUCGGUGAUACUGGAGUUGGAAAGUCAUGUCUUCUACUUCAGUUUACCGACAAGCGUUUUCAACCUGUCCAUGACUUGACCAUUGGUGUUGAAUUUGGUGCCAGGAUGAUCACAAUUGAUAAUAAGCCAAUCAAGUUGCAAAUAUGGGAUACGGCGGGUCAAGAAUCCUUCAGAUCUAUUACAAGGUCGUAUUACAGAGGGGCUGCAGGUGCACUGCUUGUUUAUGAUAUAACCAGGAGAGAGACAUUUAAUCACUUGGCUAGCUGGUUGGAAGAUGCAAGGCAGCAUGCAAAUGCAAAUAUGACAAUUAUGCUGAUUGGAAACAAGUCUGAUCUUGCUCACAGACGGGCUGUAAGCACAGAAGAAGGUGAGCAGUUUGCAAAGGAGCACGGGUUGAUCUUCAUGGAGGCCUCGGCAAAAACUGCUCAGAAUGUUGAAGAGGCAUUCAUAAAAACAGCUGGAACCAUAUACAAAAAGAUUCAAGAUGGAGUUUUUGAUGUAUCAAAUGAGUCUUAUGGAAUAAAAGUAGGAUAUGGUGGAAUACCUGGACCAUCUGGAGGCAGGGAUGGCCCUUCUGCUGCUGGUGGAGCCUGCUGCAGUUGAAGCAAAACAUAUUGCAACCUAUUUGCUUCAAAUGUAGUUCUUUAUGAAUUCUCUUCUCUUUUGGGUUUGGAUAUAUGAAAGUAUAUACGUUCUACGUGCGUUGGUAAAAUCAGAUAAUUGUAUAAUGCUUUCUUUUUAAUCUUGACUUUGUAUCUUUGAUUUCAACCCGACUAUUUGUUCAUAUUUGUGUGCAUAAUCAUUUGAUCUGUUGUUUCA